CAUAGUCAGGGCCGAGCUGCGCGCAUGCGCAGGGUGUGCCGCCGGCGGCCGGGCGGUGAGGCGGCCUGAGGUGCGGGGCCGGCGUUUCUCAUGUCGGCUCCUUUCGAGGAGCGGAGCGGGGUGGUGCCCUGCGGGACGCCCUGGGGCCGCUGGUAUCAGACCUUGGAGGAGGUGUUCAUCGAGGUGCAGGUGCCGCCGGGCACCCGGGCUAAGGACGUCCGCUGCAGCCUGCAGAGCCGGCACAUCGCGCUCUCCGUGCGGGGCCAGGAGGUGCUGCAGGGUAAACUUUUUGACUCUACAGUAACUGAUGAAGGAACGUGGACGUUAGAAGACAGGAAGCUGAUAUGAAUUGUUCUAAUGAAGACAAAUCGAGAUGCUGGAAAUUGUUGGACGUCUCUGUUAGAAAAUGAAUAUGCCGCUGAUCCUUGGGUACAGGACCAGAUGCAAAGGAAACUUACGCUGGAACGAUUCCAAAGAGAGAACCCUGGAUUUGACUUCAGCGGGGCAGAAAUUUCUGGAAAUUACAGCAAAGGAGGACCAGACUUUUCGAGUCUUGAAAAGUAAACUGGUUUUAUCUGUGUUCCUUGAGAGGAAUUACAAAUUACCCUUCAGGACUGGAAUCAUGUAACUGGUGAAGACUUCAGUGAUCUCUUCAACGGAUUGUCGUCAAGUAAUUAUUUCAGUGAAGAGAAAGAAGAUCUCUUCCAGUAGAAUGAAGACAAAGUGUAACCAGCUGAUUUGUAAGCUGAGGGACAAACUAUAGAGAAAGGUGUACACAAAUAAGUAACAUCUUUAAGCAGAAUGCUUGUUUUGGGUUUCUUUUUUAGAAACACCAUAGUAAACUAGUCAGUUAUAAAUACACCACUUUAUGCAAGAAUAUAUUAUUCACCACUGAAGAACAGAUGUUAUAAGCAAGAUAUUUAAUAUUUUCUCUCAACUUGCAACGGGAAGGAUAUUAGGGUGGCUACAGUUACACUUUCCCUCUGUAGCACCCCUCUGAGAACUGAUAAAUGUCAUUGCAAAAAAGAGAUUUAAAUAAACUACUAUAUCUUGCCUCAAAUAAGGUUUUACAAUCCACUGUGCUGUCAAAUAUAGCACUAAUGAUUAAUACAUGCUACCAGGUAAGCACUACUAGAAAAUUGAAAGGUCAGGUGAAAGUGUGGAUAUAAAUAAUUUUAUCUGUUAACGUAAUAUUGCCUUUCAGUAUAAAUAUUUAAGAUUUUGGAAGUAAGAGAACGUAAUGACUUUUGAAAGGAAUGGGAAGUCCUAAGCAGGAAAUGGUAUCUUGCAUCUAUUCAUUACCAACAUAUAGCACAAGUUGUUGAUAGUGUAUCUGAGAAACUCUAGAUUUUUGUAGAUAGUUUUAAAUUUAAUAGCCACAUUUUAAACUUAGCUUGCAUGAUAUAUUUUGCAUGUGCCAAUCAUUUAUCAGGAAUUUUCUACUCAUUGUUAAGGAUGCAGCUGAAAAGCACUUCAACCGCAGCAUUAGACAGGAUGAAUGCUGUGUCAAACAGACCAACAGAGGGAGAAAACAUGAUUGCCAAAUCCUAUUGUUUUCUGAACUCUGAAACUACUGCCUAUACUACAGUCCUAAGCAGAAGUCUCAUUGGAGAUAGAUAAAUUUCCAGCAGCUGUCCAUCAUACUGCUGAGCUUUAUUUCUAAAAUUGCAUCAUUAGUUCAGUUAGCAUAUGGCAAAAAAAAAAGCAAUAGUUGAGGAAGAACACUUUCGCUAUAAUUACAUCCAGUGCUUUCUUGUUGUACGAGCAAGCAAGCAUUAAUAUUCCUCAGAUAAUCACCUGUGCUCUUUCUACCCGUGUUAUUUUUACAGAAAGUAAAGUAAGUCCAUACACUGUGCUUGGGUUUCAGAACCUGCCUUACUAUACAAAGGAUAGUGUGGUAUCAAAUGCUAAUUUGUGGCUAUGAAGUUUUGUACCUUUACCAUGAUCCUAGUAUAGAAGGUGGAUGGUAUAGUUAAGAAAUGAAUGAGACUGCUGCAGAAGUAACUAAAGACAGAGGGAAGAUGGAAAAUGGUUAAUGUUACGUCAAAAUGCUAGAGUACUAUCCCGUGCAGUAGUACUUUUUUGUUACACCAGUUGGUUUGUACAGGAUUGUAAAUCUUUUGCUUAUAGCAGUUUAGAAUGGCAUGUGGCAAUUCAGUGCAUGAAUUUACAUUUACUAUAUGCAUUUUCAAAGCUAAACUUUAUUCCCAUAUUUUCUGCUUUAUGAAGUAGCAUGAGAGUCAUCAUACAGCCAAGUCCAAUGCUGAUGUAGCGGAAAGAGGACAACUGUGAAGUAUGUAUCCAGGCAUCAAGGCUCUGAAUUGUUUUAAGAGGAAAAGUUUGAACUACUUGGUUCGCUACUUCUGUUGUCUACUCUAAGUUACAGACCUCCAAUUUUGGAAGAAUCUAGAUGAAAAUAAAAAGAGCUUGAUGCUA